CACUACAUACAGUAUCUUACAGAUUGAUCCUUUAAGAAUCUGUUAGCAGUGUUUUAACUGUUGUAGUUCCUGACAUAGAUGACUUUAAGGACUGUUGAGCAGUUUGGUCUUUAGUAAUGGGUCAUAUUUCACAAACAGAUCUCAUGUUUGAACAUAUUAUCCCAAUCUAAAGAAUCUAAAAAUACCUACCUAUAGUGAAACAAAAGAUGAGCAGACUAGCAUCAGAUUCUUUCCAUCUGACACUGUCCUGGAGUAGGAUUAGGAUCUGUCUCAUUUAAUGGCUUUUUUUGGGGUGGCGGAGCCCGCAACCUGAGUUUCAGAGCGUUCGAUAACAAAUGUUAGCUUCUGCUUCACUCGAUUGUGACCGUACGUCUGGAAACCACGUCAAGGUAUUCUGUCCUGGACUUAGCAGCAGGUCGAUACCUGUGUAGUGUAGCCUUGAGAAGUGGAGUAAGAUGAGUCUGGACUGCGCCAUUGUUCAUGACACAGCUGAUUUCAUUAGUUCAUAAGUGAUUGGUCAGUGAGGGAGAGUUGACUGAUGAGCACUGUGACUGAAGCAACCUGAAACAGCUUAGGUAAGGGUGUUUAUUUGCACUGAGGUCCCUGUCCAGGAAAACGUUGGAUUGCAUUGAUUUUGUGUCAAGAAAUACUUUGUGAAAAGAAAUUUUUCACUAAACUUCACAAACUGAUAUUACUAAGCACUUCUAAAUGCGUUCUGAGAGCGUCUGCCAGAUGAUGAGCAGAGACUAUUUGUCUGGACAGCCAGACUCAGACUUGGCAUUGGCUUGUCUCCACGGAAACAUGCGAAAAGUUGCUAACGGGGGAUCAUCAUUUUGUUUUCAGUCCAAAACGGUCCCUGCCAACAAGACCCCAUGUGGGCUCUCAAUCUUAUGAAACGUGUUAGUGAGAGGAGGGGGCUGAAACCAGAGAGUUAGAGACACACAGAGGUAUACUUCAUCACUCCCCGUUCAGAACCAGUUUGUUUUUGCAGGUCAGGGAGGUGAAAGCCUGUUGUAAACAUUGAGGGGUGCACCACAUCAGUCUGGCAUGUGUUUAUACUCAUCGGAGCGUGACAGCGCGUGACCAAACUAACCCUCCAUCUGUCCGCCUGCCCCACUUCUCUCUGUCUUGAUGAGCUCAUGGUCUCUGGCAUCAAAUCCCCCCCACCCCCAGGUUGGCAAAGAGGCAGACUACAAACUGCAACACAGCUGGACAGAAGUGGAGAGAGACGUAGCUUGUCCGAUUGUACCAGAGGGACUAAGACACAAGGAGAGAAAGGAAUAUUUAAAGAAGAAAAAACAGAGAGAGAAAGAGGUUUGUUAACAUUGUGAAAGAGAAGCAGUUAGAAAGUUGUGUUCAGCAGGAUCGAGUAGGUCAAAAAGUAGAGCUGAAGGAGAGACCUGAAAAAAGACGAAAGGAUCAAUAGCUUGAAGAGUGAAGUCAGGGCUCAGCCAGCCUUUUCUACACUUUCUGUUUGCUGCUGCUGCUGCCUGUGGCUUUGAUAAACCAAGGACCCCCCUCCCUCCCCUGCCAAAGGCCUCCCAUCACUGAGGCAUCCUCAGACAUGCCUGCUUCAGCGAGAGUGCACCGAUUCCUCCAGGAUCAACAAAAGAUCAGCCGUGCUCAAAUCAUCCUGAGGAGCCCCACAUUGCCCAGACAGGCCCCCCAGGUACAGAAUGGACCCACACCAGAGGACAUGGAGCUGCAGAGAAGGCAGCUUCAGGAGCUGCAGAGGCAGAAGGAGAUGGAGCGUGAGCGUCAGGAGCGUGAGCGCCUCGAGCGAGAGAUGCAGGAGCGGGAGCAGCAGGAACGCGAACGUCAAGAACAUGAACGUCAGGAGAGGGAGGCGCAGGCGGAGCGGGAGCGCCAGGAGCAGCAGGAGCGUGCCGAGCGUGCCGAGCGUGCCGAGCGUGAGCUGAUGGAGCGGGAGAAGGCAGAGAGAGAGCGAAUUGAGAGGGAGCAGCAGGAGCAGUUGGACAGAGAGCAGCAGGACUGGGAGAGAGGGAGACGCAUCUCUAACGCCGCCUUUGAGAGCACCCUGUACAACCCCACUCCUCAGGAGUACGGCAGGACAUCCUCAACACCCAUAUCUCCAUCCACGCCCACCUACCCAGCUCCUGGGGCGCCAUCACCCUCCUCCACAACUCCACCCACCCCCCCUUUAAGGCAUUCGGCCUCCAGAUUUGCCACCUCACUAGGGUCCGCCUUCCACCCGGUCCUGCCUCACUACGCCACGGUCCCGAGGCGACAGCAAGCCUUUCCCCAAGCACCGCCCCCUGCUGCAGCCCCUGCCCCUGCCCCAGCUCCUCCAGCUAAGUCUGUGGUGUGGUCAGCCUGUAAUUUCACUCCCUUACCCCCCUCGCCCCCCGUCAUGAUAAGCAGCCCCCCAGGGAAGGCUGCAGGCCCACGGCCGCUCAUCCCCAUCGCAGCACCUUCCCCUCUCACCCAGAAGCCUCCAUCGCCGGCUCCCAACGGCCCACCCAUGUUCCCAGCACCUUCCCCCGUGACCAUCCCACACAGCCACACCCCUCUCGGCAUCACCUGCCCCACACCGCCUCCCCCGCCCACCCCACCCCCUCUUCCCUCACCUGUAGUUGCCCCUCUGUCUUCCUCCUUCGUCUCGUCUCCCCCCUCCUCAUCCCAAGCUCCUGGUGUGCCCUUUCCCUCCACAGCACCCCCUGCUGCUGCAGCCGCUGCCACCUCUGCCUCUGCUGAGCACCUCUCCCUCCCCGUGGGCCUGGGCCUGUCAGGGCCGGGGGAGCCGGACACAGCUGCAGGCCCAGAGCCCCACCCGCCUCAGUGGGGCUCCACCUGUCAACCCCAGCCCCAGGACGUGGUGCAGACCCCAGGGUUAGCAACCCCUCCCCCACCUCCACCCCUGCCACCCAGCUCCACUGUGACCUCGACUGCCGCCACCCCGGCCGUCACCCCCACCACCCCGGCAGGCCAUCCUCCCCCGCCCCCACCUCCUCCGCUCCCUCCUACAUUGACUCCAGGUGGGACCCCUCCUCCUCCCCCGGGUCCACCUCCUCCCCCUGGAGCCCCACUCCCUCCCCCAGCGCCACCCCUCCCUGCCGGACUGUUCUCUCCUGCAGAGGACGGCCCCAUCUCAGGUUUGGCCGCUGCCCUCGCUGGAGCCAAGCUGCGCAAAGUGCCAAGGAGUGACGAUGCAGGGGCGGCUCUGGCAGCAGCCAUGUUGGGGGCCUCGGGGGCAAAAUCAGAAGCCAGAGGAAACGGCCCUCUUCCCGGAGGAGGCGGGCUUAUGGAGGAGAUGAGUGCCCUAUUAGCCAGGAGAAGAAGAAUUGCAGAGAAGGGCUCCUCACCUGAACCCGACCAGAGAUCAGAGGAGAGCGAGAUAAACACGACUCCGAAAAUGUCAGCCUGUAGCACACCAGACAUGCCCAGGAAGCCUUGGGAAAGAACAAACACCAUGAACGGUAGCAAAUCUCCAGUUAUCGGAAGACGAGAGUCUCCGUGGAGAACUCCAAUUGGAGCAGAUUCAUCCAACAGACCCAAAUCCACUCCGACACCCACCGCAUCCUUAAGUGCCAACGGUGUGCCAACAGAAUCUGUUGACUAUGAUCGAUUGAAACAGGAUAUUCUGGAUGAGAUGAGAAAGGAGCUGUCGAAGCUAAAAGAAGAGCUCAUCGAUGCAAUCAGGGAGGAGCUGGGCAAGUCCAGCACAGCGUAGAGGAUCCAGAACCUCCUCCUCAGAACAUCUACAUCCACGUGAGCCGCAAGAAAAAAAAACCACGGUCAAAUCUAGACAAUACAGCAGAGAGAAACAAUCCAAUCAAGGAAGGAGUUGAGACGGCCAUGAUGACAAUGAUCACAUUCAUACUGGGAGAGGACUUCAUUUUGGGGCAGAGCAGAAUCGGACGCAACAACAAUGGAGCGUGUGGGUGGGUGGGGGGGGGGGGGGGGGGGGCGGGGUGGGAGGCGUUGCUCUGUGACUCAGAAUCCACUCUACAAAAAUCCUGUUCCUGCUGCCUCCCCCCCGCAGACCCCUCCUCUCGCCGAGGGCAUCGCAUCCUGGACGACAGCGCACGGUCUGAGAGAGAAGCGAGUGUCUUUUAUGCAAAGAUGAUUUUUCUCUUUUUGUCCUAAAAAAAUAACGAGAAGAAAAAAAAAAACACAGUUGACAAUAUUGAACUCUUCAGUGAUACUAACCACCUGAACAGUAGCAUCGAUGCUAAGACCCGUGUGACUUACUAUCCAACACCUUUUGUUAAGAGAGAACGCAGACAGGAAGACAGUAGGGGAUGGAAAUACAAACUUUUUUCCCAUAAUGCCAUAGGGGUAGCGCGUGUGUGUGUGUGUGUGUGUGUGUGUGUGUGUGUGUGUGUGAGUGAGAGAGUGUGAAUGUGGGACUGUCAGUCUCUGGUGAGGUCCACCACUGCAGGACACUGUAAAGCUCGUCUUCCUCAAAUACUAUUUUAACCUGAAAAUGUACAAAAGAGAGAAAAAGUUAUUUAGAAAAAAAAGAAUAUCUAUCAACAACGUCUGGCCGGAUAGUUUUUACACCGGCUGCUCUCUCGUCCGUCUGUGGAAUCAUCACCAGAGGAGUGGUUUGACCGUCUUUUCUGUUGAGUGAUGGGUGGACGAGACGAGCGGGGGCGGCUGCGUGUCAGAAAGCAGCCAGUGUAGCUCUCUACCAAACGUUUAUCUACUCACUAAAAGUGCUGAUCAGCUAACAUCCGUCAUGCUCGUCUACCGCCGCCAGAAAUGUAGAUAGAAGUGACUUUUCCUUCCAGUACACUUUGAUUUGACUCUCUCUCUCUCUCUCUCUCUCUCUCUCUCCCUCCCUUUUCGAUGUCAUGUGCGUCAUAUUUAGGUACUACAUUUGAAGCAUGUACGCUCGUUUUUCUUUACAUGUCGAGGGUCACAAGUCUGCCAAGAAGUCACAUUAUAACCGUCACGUUUUUUCUUGUAAGCAAUAAGUGUAGCAUCUAAGUCCUCACUCACACCCAGCAUCUCUCUCUCUCUACCCACCCUGCUCAGCCCCCGUCUCUUUGUCCAACUCUGUGCGAGUGUGAUGUCAAACUGGAGAUGAAGGUGAAAGAGUACCAGAGAGAAUCUGUUAAGACAUGAGAAGUCACUUUUGAUAUUUUCUUUUCAAACUCACAACCGUAUUUUUAUCCUUUAUUUUUUUUUUUCUGCAUUUGUGUGAAAUGUUCACAGGACGUCCGUAACAUAGCAGACUGGUGUCCAUAUAAGGACACGAUUGUGCCAUUUACUCUCUCUGCAGUGCUUAGUGAGGAUGGUUCCAACUUUAACUUUUUGGCCUUUUUUUCUUUCGUCUGCCGCUGUCCAACUCUGAGAGUGAAAAGGUGUAUUUAAGCCGACAGACGUCUUGGAUAAGGGAACUCGUAGUUUAAUUGAGGUGCUGUUUCUGUGUCAUUUCAAGCUCAAAGUACAAUCAACCUGACGGGGGGGUAUGUUGUUUAAAUAAUGACACUGUUGCUCCAGGCAACGGGUAAAAAGUCCGUUUUACAAUUCUGUACUCAUGUCGUCUCCAUAAUGUCCUGAGGAGACACAAAUACAAUCAAACGUUACAACUGUCCAACAGCCAUACACCAUACCAUCUGUUUGAAAACCACGCAGAGGAGUGUGAGGCGUGAAUCCUAAGUGGUGCAUUACAGUUUGAAUUCAGUGAACAAAAAGAGUUCAGCUUCAUGUCUCCAUUAAAGGAGCAGUCCAGUUUUUAAACAGGCCUUCUAACACGUCCAUAAAGAUUCACUUCAGGCACAUUUGACACAAGUCAAAAUAGUCCUAAGGCGAACAUUUCCUGACUUCAGAUCUGAUUUCUCAAUCAUCCAACUCAAUGGAAUCUUUAUUUGAUUGAUAAAUGUUCACCUCAUCAAAUCAGACUAAACAAAACUUCUCCAGAACCAAAGACGAUUUACAACCCAGCCUGAACGAUGAGCCCUGAGUGGAAGUUAAAGGUGGAGUCAGUUUGUAAAACACAACAUUCAAACUCGGCCCCUCCUCCUGGGCUCAUCGCUCCCAUAAGCUCACCCUCACUGCAGGACGUUUAUUGCUUGUGGCUACGCUGCAAGCUAACGCAUGCUAGCACAAGUUAACCAGUGUUUGUCACCAAAAGCAGACCAACACAAGUUUCACCCUCAUUUUUGCCCCACUAUGAUUAUAUUUUCUCUUCUUUGCUGCUAAGUCCACAUCCGUUGUAUGUGCCAGGUUUGAUUUGCGUCCAAUCCCUGACUCAUAUCCACUCUUAAACUCACCUGCUGCACUGUCAUUGGCUGAGAGGAAACUCACCAACCAAAACAAACCAGAAGAGUAAAAUCCAGUCAGAGUCUCCACUACACGUGUAAGGAGGAACAUAAGACAUGAUUAACUUUACUAUAAGUCUAUCUUAUUCUGUAGGAACAAUCGUCUGACUCUUUAAACUCUAAUGAGGACAACCAGACGAGGAGUGGCUGAGGGUUUUUAAGUGGAUGGUGGUCGAUGGCUGUUGGACGUUGUACGACUCCACUGUGUUUAAGGGCUUGGACAUCAUAGCUUUGCUACAAAUGAUGACUAUUAACUGAUGUGAGAAAAUACUCACCAAUAGUUUCUCUUCUCUUUGGAAUCGAUCCAAUGAAAUGGACGUGUUGGUCGUAGACAUCCAGACGCCGUUAACCGUCGGCUUGAGUCUGAAGGUUUUUGAUAUCUUUUCUGGUUUUGUGUUAACAUCACGGUUUCAUCUCCUCAUCCAUCCUUUUUCUAAAGCCAAACGCCCAGACAGGAAGCUUGUGCACUGCGCAUCAUCGAUUGCACUUUAAGACAAAAAAAAACCUCCCCUCACAGAGUAAUCCAACACGCUCUGACUGCAGCCGUUAAAGAGCCUCUUUUAAAAAAACAAACGUGCGGCUAUCUCACCAAAGGAUUCAUCCUCGCUCCCUCCUGCUCGACACGCCCCCUCUCAACAAAGUCGCCUUUUCUUCUGUUUGUUUCAUUUAGUGGAGAGAUCUGGGACGUGAGGGCGAGACAAUGGUUGUGGUGGAGAGGCGUUGAUCUUUCUGUGAAGCUAUGUGGUUUGUGCCUUGUUCCAAAGUUGCAUUUAAAGUGUUGAAGAUCUAAAGAGAACUCUAGUAAUAAUAAUAAUAUCUGAGGACUGUGGUUCUGAUCUCAUGCAGUAGUUUGGUUUCUGUUCCACUCUUUCCUCUUUUUGGAGAUCAUGAUGAUUUAAAGGGAGCAUGGAAUGACCUUGGUACUGUUCCUCACCAAGAAAACAUCUUAGCGCCUGUUUCUUUUCUUUUCUUCUUUUUUUUUUUUUUUUUACAUAUAUGUGAUUUUUGUUUCCUUUCUGAUGUGAGGUUUCUUUUCUAACAGCUCUUAAAUACAAUCCAGUCUUUAAAGAGAGAACAGGUCUGUACGGCUUCAGAGACGGUCCUGAAGUGUGUAAGUCCAGACUCGUCUGGCUACAGUGUUCAGUGUUUCCUCAUGUUUAACGUCUCAGAGAGCAUCUUCAGUUUUCUUUACAUGCUUGAGGAUCUGUCUUCUUCUCCAUGUGAUCAGAAGACAGCUGGUUGAAACAUUUAUAUUUGUCUGUAAACCCGUUUUUCUUUUUCUGCUGAGGGAACUGAUGGGAUUGUGAAGGAGAGGUGACAAUGGCUAAUGAAGGUUGGAUGGGUCGGGGUUCCAGACAUAUUCUUUAAUCAUCUGCAUUGUACCAUACUGUUCUCAUGUUCAUUAGUCUUUUCUUACAUGCUAACAUAUUGUUUUGUUUGAGCAGAUUAAAUAAAAAUUGCAAUACAAGAGCA